AUGCUUGUCUUCUGCAUCAUCACCUUCGGACGCUUCGGUUGCACAGCAAGCCAGCAGAGCAUCAUGUACAGCGUCGAAAAGCGCGACGGCAUCAUCGUCGAGACGGCCGCGCGGCCCAGCUCCAAGAUCUCCGAGUUCUUCGGCGACACCCUCACCAACGCGUCAACUAGUCCUGAGCUCCGGAAAAUCUUCAGCAAGCGACGGCGGCCACAUCAUCACCAUGCGACCGCAGGCCCAUUCACGCCGCCGCGCUCCGCCAUCGGUGCCGGCAAACUCGGUUAUCGCGAGCGCUCGGAGCCGUGGUAUCCAUACCAGCACCAACAUCAACGGAAGGACUUCUUGCGCCCACGAAGCCCGUCCGAGGUUCUGAUCGAAAGCUGCGGGUUAUCAUGGUUCACAUGGCCCACCUCCCUCGGCCUCCUCUCCCUCGUUCUUUUCCUUCUUCCAGCGCAAUAUCACUUCCGUGGCCUAAACACUAUCAUAACCACGCUCUUCAUCACCGACCUCGUGCUCUUCAUCCUUUUCUCCCUGCUCAUGCUCUGCUGCUCCUUCAUCCAUUCCAAGGGCUGUGGAAAGCCGCGCCAGUUAUGCCAUGAGCUGAAUUAUAGCGCCACCAAGCUCGGGGCUCUGGCUUAUUGGCCUGUGGCUUGGCUGACGUUGGUCGCUUUUGCAGUGUUUUUGGCUGGUUAUGAUGAUGAUCAGGCUGCUGAGAAGAAGAGGGCGAAUGGGAAUGGGAUUGGGGCUGCUGACGCUGACAGACAAGAAGAGUUGAGGAGACGUGUGUUGGCAAUGAUUGCUUAUGUGAUGUGGUGGAUUGGCGUGGCUUGGAUGACGGGGACCAUGGUGUUUGUCAUGGGCGUUAUGACGGGGGCGCUGGGAGGUCCGAGUGGGAGGUGGAUGUUGAAGAAGGGACUUGGUGCUAGAGGAGAGGAGGAAGAUGAGGUGAGGAUGGCUUUGCCGGCAUGUUUGCUAUCUUCGGCUUUUGGGAUGGGGUUGCUUGCUUUGGUAGGAGGGUUGUUGGUGUCAGUGCUGGUGAGGUUGGGCACGAUAUCAGUUGGGAUGGCGGCGACAGUGUUGGUGCUUGCAUUCUGUGUGGAGGGGGUGGCUGUCUUCACGACGAUCUUCCUGUACGCGGUGCUCCAGCAGGAGAUAAUACAGGUGGAGAGCAAGGCAUCUGCCCAUUUGAUCAAGUUGUCGUUGUGGAUGAUGGGAUCAGCGAGUGUCUGUGCCGCGGCCGUACAGAUACUCGGGAGAGCAGCGGAGGACGUCAGUGCUAUUCUCGGCGAUACCAACGCCCAUGGAAGCCUAAGUGGGAACUUGUUCACGCCUGCUACGGCGCAGGCAACUCACGUGGUGUGCAUCCUUCUGGCCUUACUACUCCUCGGCUUGGCCACGCUUUGGCUUAUUUUCUCCGUGGUGGCUUUUGUGAGCCAUGCCCUCCGCAGAAGACUGUCGUGGAAGAGGCAAUGGAAUGAUGCUGCCAUCCCAGUGGCGGCGUUGGCGCUGUCCACGGUGCAGUUCAGGACGGAGUUGAACUCAUCCUUCUUUGGCGUCGUCACAUGCGUGUUGGUCGUGGCUGCAGCUGCCUCUCUUCUCAUCAACCUGGUGCUGUGUAUCAAGCAGAUGGUGGGCGCAACGUUCCUCACCGCGCUUGACCAGGAGCUGCGAGUGUGA